UGGGCGGAGUUCGGCCCGGAUUGGACGCAGCCUCCCUUAUUAUCCCACCCCUCUGGUGCUCAGGAUCUGAGUUUAAGACGCAGGGGCGGCUCAAAGAGCGAGAGUCCUUGGUUAGGCCUCGGCUGGCCGGCGUCCGCGUCGGUCUUGCAGGGGAGGAGGCAAGUUGGGGGCGGGGCUCACGUGGCCGAAACCCGUCGUGGAGCCACUCUGCGGAAGCACCGCGUCUUUGGAGCCUGUGGAGGUGUUAAGUGGUAUAUCCUGAGAGAAGAUGGGAAAGGGCUGCAAGGUUGUGGUCUGUGGCUUGUUAUCUGUGGGGAAAACGGCAAUUUUGGAGCAGCUUCUUUAUGGGAAUCAUACUAUUGGAAUGGAAGAUUGUGAAACAAUGGAAGAUGUAUAUAUGGCUUCAGUGGAAACAGAUCGGGGAGUAAAGGAACAGUUACAUCUUUAUGACACCAGAGGUUUACAGGAAGGUGUGGAGCUUCCAAAACAUUAUUUUUCAUUUGCUGAUGGCUUUGUUCUUGUGUACAGUGUGAAUAACCUUGAAUCCUUUCAAAGAGUAGAACUUCUGAAGAAAGAAAUUGAUAAGUUUAAAGACAAAAAGGAGGUGGCAAUUGUUGUAUUGGGAAACAAAAUUGACCUUUCUGAGCAGAGACAAGUGGAUGCUGAGGUGGCACAGCAGUGGGCAAGAAGUGAGAAAGUGCGCCUGUGGGAGAUCCCGCAGAUAUCCCGUCUACCUAGGUCACAGAAUCACUGUAAUGGAGUCUCCACAAAUGAGGAGCCAGAAAUGGGAUCUACAGCUCAGAACCACCAGGAAAUCACAGGGUCAGAAGCUGAGGAGAGGAGACAACAGCUUUAACAAAACUCGGUGCUGCAGCAGCUGCUAAAGCGGCCCAAGUUGGAGCAUCCACAUGGGACAUUUCACAGCCGACUAAGUCUAACAAAUUUUCUCCUAGUGCUGGUAAGCAGACACGUGACCUUCACCAGUGGCCACUGACCAGCUACCAUUCUGACUUGUAAACUAACACACACAGUGCAUAUGCUACCACAUGCUAAAACCUGGUGCUUCCUAAAAACAUUCUCACCAUGUAAUAUUUAAUAAGAAAGGAGUGCAGAGCAUAACGCCCAAAAAGAAAAGGGUCCUAACAAAAACAUCAGCUAGUAAUUCCCAAUUUUAUAUGAAAAACACUCGCAGAGAAUUAACUGCUAAGGUUUAUGUCCAUUCAGGCUAAGUCUUAUGGAAAAUGCCAAAAGGCAAGAAAAAUUCUGAAAGAGAGGAGGCAGAUGUUCCAAGCCGAAGGUGAGGAGCUUGGCUGAGAGGUAUAAAAUGUGGCUAACAGCCCACAUACAUAAUUGGAAAAUAAAGUUAAAGAAGAAAAGGACAUGAAAAAUGAAAUGAGAGGGGAAGUUUUAAUUUCUUAUUUUUUUCCCUCUUAAAAGGAAAAAAAAUAACCCCAAUUUAAGUACUGGCCCAGAGGGAGAAGACAACUAUCUCAGAACAUAUACACAAAGAUGAUAGAUUGAACCCAUGAUACCAACUUUCACUCCUUCCCCAAACUCCGACAAUAUGACAGUAAAGAUUUUUAAAGGCAUAAACCUACAAAGAUGGGAAGAAAAGGAAAGGGGAUAAUAUUCACAGAAGUUUGGAAGUUAGGAGGCAAACUGGCAAGUUGUAAAGGAUUCGACAUGAUAUAUCCAAGAAGCUGAAUCCUAAAGUGGCUGUGAAAAAAGCCAAAAAUCAAGCCCAGGUAGACCACAUAACCCUCCCUAAAGACUCAGGAAUCUGUGGUGCCUGAGGAGGUUGAGAAUGAGGCAGGGGAAGUUUUAAAAUAAGAAUUGGUUAAAAGUGUGUAUCAGUGGUCCAAUUCCAAGACCCUGUGUGAAAGAUGGAAUUCUGAGAUGGGCAGCAUGAUAUCCUCCCGCUAAUAUACUCUGACCUCCUCCAUGAGAGCAUGAAUGGACAGAGCUAUGACUUGCUUCUCCCUAACAGAAUAAGGCAAAGCUGAUUGUACACCACUCUUGGAUCAGGUUAUGUUUUCUGUAAAUUGUUAUUACAUAAGACUCAGUCUUAACUGACAAGAGAAAGACUGUCCUGCUGGCCCUGAAAGAGCAAGCUGCUAUGAUAUCAGUUGCCCGAAGAGAGGGCUAGAGAACUGCUGCUGUGGUCUCUGAGAGCAAUUGACUUCAGUCCUAUGGCUGCAAGGAAGUAAACUCCACGUCACAACUGCGUAAGUUUGGAAGCAAACCCUGAGCAACAGAUGAGCACACAGGCUAGCUAGCUGGUUCCUUGAAUGCAGCCUAGAAAACCCUGAAUAGAGGUCUAAGCUGUGCCCCAACUCCUGACCCAUGUGAACUGUACAUACUGAAAUGUAUGUACUGUUUUGAACUGCUAAAGUUGUGGUAGUUUGUUAUACAGUAAUAGUUAUCCUGCCUGACUGGGGUUUAUUUUCUGGAGAGGUUUAAAACUGAGGGUCUCUGAACCAGGGGACAUUAAUAUGGAUGAGGGCAGAGGUGCUGUACUGACAAUGAGCUUAUGCAUGACCAACAAUAAGAUCCCCAGUUUUGUUUCUCAGCUCCCAGAACAAAGCUUGGCCUUUACCCUCCAGGCAGUCUCCUUUGGGGGAUGUUAACAGCCUAGAGGAAAAGUCUCCCUAACUAAGUUAACAGAUAACCAAGGAACAUGGUUCCUUGAUGAUGGAAAUGGCAAAUGAUGAUCAAAACAAACUAGAAGACAGUCAAUUAGAGAAAACAGAAUUUAGAAAGAAAAUUUCAAAAUAAAUGAAAUUACUAAUAUCCAGAGAGACAGAAGAUACUGCACUGAUAAAACAAGGAUAUGGGUAAAACAAAACAGUAUUCAGAAAAGAAAAAGGAGGGUAGGGGUCAGGUGCUGAUAAUGGGCGAAGGCAGUCAAACAGUACAAACUUCCAGUUAUAAGAUACCAAGUUCUGGGAAUAUAAUAUAUAGUAUAGUUAACAAUACUGUAUCAUAUUGCUAUCAGGUAGAUCUUAAAAGUCUCAUCACAGCAAGAAAAACUGAAACAAUGGAGGUGAUGGGUGUUAACUAAACUUACUGUGGUAAAGUCAUUAUGUAAUAUACACAUAUAUCAAAUCACUACAUUCUAUACCCUAAACUAAUACGAUGUUAUAUU